UCUCUUAGCAUGCUUGCUAUUGAUUUUUGCAUAUUCUAUACAAAGUAGAAUAUCUAUAUGAAAGAGAUGGCCUAAUUGUUUAGUUGUGACAACACAGAAUGGAAUGGCGUUGUUGUUGUAGUUAUUUAUUUAUAGAAACAAACCUGAAUGCAAGUUUGUAUAACACAUAAACACAGGAUUUUGACCCACUGUCAACUCGGAAGUGUCAUAAUGCUCACAGAAUUCAGCCCGUGAAGUACAUUUAUUAACCUACAAUAGUCGCAUGCGACAUGUAAAUCGGGUGAAAUAAUGUAAAUAUAUUAGCCACGGGAAAUAAACUGCGCUUUAAUUUGCAUGAAAUGGCAGCCACAAGUCUCAGAAUGGCCUUUUUUGGCGCAAGCCUGCCUGAUUUAUGUUUUCAAGGUCAAUAAGCGCACUGCAGAGAAGUGGACUCAACAAACAAAUAUGUGAAGGUCUGUUUUGCGCCGUGUACCUUGCCGUGUAAACAACGUACCGCGAUCCACGAGCGGCGCAGUCUCGCCCGCCUAUCAGCUGCGCGUUGCCGAGCCUCCGCGCUCGUCGGUUGCGCGAUUGCGCCGCCGCCGCACACCAGCUGCCUGCGCGGCGCGUCCGGCAACACUGGCAACGUUGCCGCCUUGGCAAGCGUCGGCAGCGCGUCAGGUCGCUUGCCCAGGCUGGCUUCGCUCGGGUGCCGUUGCCCCACUGAACGUUCACCUGCCGCUCGAGGACAGCCUGUUUGUGAUCGCGCGUCCGAUCUGCCGCACGCAAGGUCGGGCCGCAUGCGCGGGGCCUGAAGCCCGCCGGAGACCAUGGCCUACCAAGAGCCGACGACGCGGAACCUCAAUGGCGGUGCGUCCAACGGUGUGUCGAGUAGCCUGCUCCCGCAGCCGUCGUCCUACCUGUCGGGCGGCGGCUACGGCGGCGGGGGAACGCUGUCAGUGAACCGCACUCCCGCCGAUGGCCAGCCGCCGCCGCUCAGCAACGGGCCGUCGUCCGCGACGCCCGUCGCGGGAGAUUCGCGCUUCCCGGCCACCCAUCCGCUCAGCGGCUCCAAGCACCUCUGCUCCAUCUGCGGCGAUCGAGCAUCUGGCAAGCACUACGGCGUCUACAGCUGCGAAGGCUGCAAGGGCUUCUUCAAGCGCACCGUGCGCAAGGACCUCACGUACGCUUGCCGAGAGGAACGGCGCUGCGUGGUGGACAAGCGGCAGCGGAACCGCUGCCAAUACUGCCGCUACCAGAAAUGCCUCGCGUGCGGCAUGAAGCGCGAGGCCGUCCAGGAGGAGCGCCAGCGGGCCAAGGACCGCAACGACAACGAGGUUGAGAGCACGAGCGGCGGUGUUUGCGUCAGCGUCGCCGUCGGAGGGCCGGGCUCGCCGGAUAUGCCGCUGGACCGUAUCCUCGAAGCCGAGAUGCGCGUCGACCAGCCGGCGCCGUCCGUGCUGGUCGCGGACGCGGCCGCGUCGGGCCGCGAUCCCGUCAACAGCAUGUGUCAGGCCGCCGACCGGCAGCUUCACGAGCUCGUGCAGUGGGCCCGGCGGAUUCCGCACUUCGAAGAGUUACCCAUCGAGGAUCGCACGGCUCUGCUAAAAGCCGGCUGGAACGAGCUGCUUAUCGCCGCCUUCUCUCACCGCUCUGUGACCGCGCGAGACGGCAUCGUUCUCGCCACGGGCCUGGUGGUGCAGCGGCACAGCGCGCAUAGCGCGGGCGUCGGCGACAUCUUCGACCGCGUGUUGGCCGAGCUGGUGGCCAAGAUGCGCGAUAUGAAGAUGGACAAGACUGAACUCGGAUGCCUGCGCGCCGUAGUGCUCUUCAAUCCGGACGCCAAGGGGCUCCGCAACGUCGCCAAAGUCGAGGCGCUCCGCGAGAAGGUGUACGCUGCCCUCGAGGAACACUGCCGGCGCCACCAUCCGGAACAGCCGGGCCGCUUUGGUAAGCUGCUGCUGCGGCUGCCCGCUCUGCGCAGCAUCGGCCUCAAGUGCCUCGAGCACCUAUUUUUCUUCAAGCUCAUUGGAGACACUCCCAUCGACAGCUUUCUGCUCAACAUGCUCGAGGCACCGGCCGAUCCCUAGCCCUCGAUCUUGAAAGGGAUCCUGCAGUCAUAAGGUUCGCGACUGCAACAUCGCCAUCAAUAUAAUAACGUCUGCAGUGCCACGGCUGUUGCAGUUGUCGUGUUUGCAGACUUGAGUCACUGGGAAAUGUUUUGUGCGAUGCUUUCGACCUCACUGUGCCAGGAUACGUUUGUUAUUCCGCACACAGCAGUGUGCUGGUAAAUAGCUGCUGUGUGAUUUUGAAGGCGAGUGGACAACAGUCAUUGUGUAUCCCUGCUUGAGCUCGUACUGUAGCUUGUUGGAGGUUUCUUUUACAUACGUACGUGAGGUACAGCUGAGUGCAAGCUUGCAUGGCAAAGCGUCUCUUGGUGUUUUUUGCGCUAAGUGACGUAGCAGUUACUGUACCAUUAGCUUAUGACAGGAGCACCUUGGAAACGUUUCCAGUACCUCUGCCACAUACUUUUCACCACCCUCACUGAGGACGAAGGAUUGUUGGCCAUCUUGCCAAGAACUGUGUUCCAGAUUCUUUGCCAUUAUUGUCUACUGCAUGUUGGUGGUCACUCUAUAUCAAUGUUCGAACAUAUUUAAUGGCUGGUUCCUCACGGAGCACUUGUAUGUGUCAUGAUAAUGUGAGAGAGUUGGAUAUUGAAUGUUGCUAAGGUUUGCAGUGCCUUCUCCGCAGCCCUAUAAUUUGCCAUGUUGAAAAAAAAAAAUAUUGCUGCAUAUCCUGUUUUAAUUAGCUUGACUAACAGAAUUGCGCUCGCAGAAUAGCUAGCUGUCCUAUGGUCUGUCUGCACUGAAGUUUUCUUGAACCAAUGUGCCAUAGUGAUUCUGAUAUUUUCGAAACCUAUGGGCCUUUGCUUCUUGUUGAAUGCACAAAAACACAAACUUUAUUCCUUAUUAUAGUCAAACACGAAAGCAACUAGCUGAUAUUCAGAACACAGUAAAAAAAUCACGCUAACUCAAAUUUUAUUUUUGGUGCUAAAACUUCACUUGUUGCAUGUUUGUGCUUGUGCGAAAUUGGCAGGCUGGUGCUGCUGCUGAAUCCUAUGGUGGCACCAUCCAUAGCCAAGUGCUACUCAAAACAUGCAGCAUUUUAUGGUGAUAUAACUAGUUUAAUCACUUUUAAAUGUGCAGCGGCUCAAGGUCAGAUAGUGUAUUUCGUUUAAGCUGCUGGUUCCGAAGUUGUAAUUGGCUCUUAGCAAUUAAGUCUUGACACUUGUCCAGAGCUCUUAUGAUUGGUAUGCCAUACAUCAAGCAUAAGGUUUCCUACAGUGCAUGAUAGCAUUCGUAAGAGGCCUGUGGACUUUUAACUGACUCAUUGCUGUAAAAAGAGUUGCUUUAUGUGUAGGAAAGCAUAUUAGUGGUGAAGAAAAUAUAUUUUUCCUGUUUCGUGAUUUUAAACUUAGCGUUUUAUGCUAUCAAAUGCAAAAUGCGUGUUUCACCAUUGAAGUGUUCUGUAAAUGUAAAUUUAUACCCUGUGGUUUAGACAGGACUCAUUGGCAUUCGUGCAGCAUUUGCAUAUAAUGGUGUAGUUUUGAACUGCAGACGAGUCAUGUAUAAUGAAUUUUUUGGGGGGUGAAAAAGAUGUUUUUAGUGUCAGGUAGGAAAAAUACUUGUAAUGAGAAGUAUAAAAUUUCUUGCAGUGAAAAGUGUAAACAUGAUCACGGGGUUGUUUGUGUACAAACCACUGUUAAAUGUUUGCGGAAGUUUUAGCAGUUGCACUUGAGCUGUUGCUAGCGGUCUGAUAGUUAUGUAUGCCUAUUUUUAGCGUCCCGACGUGGCACCCUGUUAAGAACAGGUUCUUGCAAAUGUUUUUAUAAUUAUUGAAGAUGGACUUGCAUGAGAGCUGUUCAGUUAUAAAUGGCGCAGCACUUGUAAUAGGUGGCUGAAGCAAGAAGAAUUGUGACCACAACAAGAGUUUUGUAUGCAUCAGCAUCACCAUAUCUUGUCUGUUCAACGCUAAAGCUGAGUUUGGCAAUUCAGUUCUGACCGGCGAGGUGGAAGAAGUUUCGUGAAAUGGAAAAAUUGUCACCGACACGGUUUUCUUAAAAAGAAAGUUUUGCAGUUGAAUAAUUCAUCCUGGAGUUGGGAUUGAGCUCAGGACCAAUGCUUCUCUAGGGUGAUAAGGAGGCUAGUAGAUUGCAGAGUGAGGCCAAAUUAAUUGACAACUCAAAGCACAGGGGCAGUAAUGGCAAAUCAGUUCUGUGGUUUGCUUUAUGACUUCGUUCUACUGUGACAAUUUCCCUUCUACUAAUGGCAAUUUUCCCUUUCAUGAGGCUGUGCUUAUGAAAUGUCACCAAUUUGAGAACACCAGUGGCAUGUCUUAAGAAGGUGUGUUGUUGCCUGUGCUUUAUUUUUUGGUAGUAAGACAUGUAAAAAUAGAUCUGCAAUUUGGCAACACAGUUGUCUUCUGUAAGCAAAUUUUCUGCCUCCCCCUAUAUGACCACCGAGCACAUGUGCUUAUGGCAUCUUUGUUUGCAAUCUUGGUUUUGCUCAUUUGGGAUGGAUCAGUGUGUAGCCUAAAAGAAGUGGGCAUCUUACUCCUCUUUACUGCAACCUGCUGUUUCUGAGCCGUUUUGUGGUGGAGACGCACUUCAUUGACAACUUUUCACGUGUGAGCAGCAGUGCAUCAUUCAUUAUUGUUCAUGAAAGGAAAAACAAUUCACCGAUGAUUACAAUACUCUCUAAUGUGAAUUUUAAGUGCAGCUGUUUAGGUGUUUUGAAUUCAUGAUAUAUUGUGGCAAAGUAUUUGAUUUUGAACGACAGGGUCCUCUUGGAAGCGGUGCUGAGCCUCUGCUCGGGCAGCUCGUUUAGCAGCAGUGGCAGACAAAGCAUUUCCACUGGUUGCGUCACUCAUUGUUCAGAAAGAAAGCGUUUACAUGGGAAAGCAUGACUAGCGCAGAGCGUGUUCUCUAGCGGCGGCGGCGCAGUGAGUCCAAACCACACCCCAGCGCUUUGUUUCCAUAUAUGGUAUCGGUGGACUCGCUCGCCGCAUGCCUGGUCGCCACUGUGGAGCACAUCUCGUGUAGCGCUCCGCUUUCCUCCUCACCCUUUUGCCAUACUCUCCUCCUCCGCAUUCCUCCUUGCGCUCUCUUUGCUCUCGCCGUCUUUCAUCACCUGCUGCGCUCCGCAUUCGCUCUUUUCAUUCUUUGCCGUGCUCGGUUACGCCGAGAGGCACUGACGCUCAAAGCAGGAACCGGGUGCCCAAGAGCUGCGCUCUAAAAUUGAUAUCCACCUGUAGCACGAACCUACAAAGGAAACCCACACGGGUUUCUCAGAAACCAGUGCGGAUGUCAAUUUUUCCUUCCAUGAACCUUCCUCCACCUUGUGGAAUUCUGCAGAACUAAUUUGGUAUAAUUCAACGUUGUAAUCAUCGUAGAAGAGCAUCACAAGAUUUCCUUUACUUGCUGUACAUGAAAAAAAAAAAAAAAAGCUGUUUAGGUGUUAAUGUGAGGGUGAACCGUAACACUAUUGAGUGUGCUUUAUGUUCCCUCUUGUGUGGCAAUAUUGUGCAGGUGAGGAAAAUUGUAAUGUUAUCUUGUCCCUGAGCACUGGAAUUUCAGCACACUAGAGUGCCAGUCACAUGAAUCUAAUGGAAAUAAAGGAGACUGGUAUGCUUAUGAAAUGUGUGUGAGGAUGGGCGAGGUUUCAUCCACCAUAUUUUCUUUUCUCUCCCAUCUGUAUAACCUAUUUACUGCCAGUGUUCACAGCCACAAAACUAUGCCUACCAGGCAUUGACUGCAGUGGCCAUCAGCCAACACUUUGUUGAUAUGCAGGCAUAACUGCAUUUCACACGAGGUCCACACCUGUUAGCAGUGAAGUGAUGAUGGGUAGGGCCCUUUUCCAUCGUGGGUGUCUUGCGACGCUCUGCUGUAUCGCUGAGACAAAAAGAAUCUGUGUACUUUUUCAGGA